GCGAGUCACUAAGGGCAAUACCGUGGCUGGUGCCAUACAAAUCCGUCUGGACUCCCGCAAUACAUCCGACGGUGACGCCAACCACACAGGUUUGGGGGAAACUAUAUCAGUACCCGGACAUAGAGCCAACCCCGUCCCCAGACUACCCUAUCACGAAAAAUCCCUUAUUCAUACCAGGUAAAGGAGGCUACCAAUUAACACCUGUAAAGGGCGAUAGAAAGGAAGUGGAUAUAACACUUAAGAAGGUGAUGCAAGAAGGGGGAUUAGUACCAAUUACUCACUUGACCGAGGGGAAGAUCCCUACUCUCAUGCAGAGAUUCCAAUAUGCACAAUUACGACACUUCCUUACCACGCAAGGUUUGUCCCAAUGGGCUCCCAGGGAAAGGACUAAAUUUGAAAAAUUAUGUGCAGGAGUUAAGCCGCCUCCCAGACAGACUUCCCUCUGCUACAGACUCCAACAAACUCAGGCGUUCACACAAUUACCAUAUUUCACUAGACUGUGGAGCGAACACAUAAACGGUGAACUCGGGGAGGGUGACUGGACGAAUAUAUUUCGAACUAUCUUUCAUUCACAUUCCAGUGUACCCCUACAGGAGAUAAACUAUAAAUUUAUUGCUAAAUGGUAUAUCACUCCGGCGGAUAUACACAAAUUUGCUCCCGACUCCUCCCCUCUGUGUUGGAGAUGUCAUUCUCAUAAGGGCACCUUUCAGCAUAUUUGGUGGUCAUGUGGGGAGGUGUCAGCCUUCUGGAGGGAAGUUUGGAAUACGGUGAAUCUGGUAACCGAAAUGUCUAUUCCCUUCAACCCAGAGACACUUCUCUUACUUCACCUGAAAACCCCACUCCGCCAAUUUAAAUACUCCCUCACCUUUUUCAUGCUGACAGCAGCCAAAAGCACAAUUGUACACAAAUGGAAAUCAACGUCCCUGCCGACCACGCAGGACUGGUACACAAAAAUAGAAUACUUUCAUGAGAUGGAGGAACUGAGAUGGGGAUCCCUAGAUCAGUACCAUAGGUACCAUAACAUUUGGCAACCUUGGAAAUACUUUUUUUGGGGAAAACUCGCACAAGGCCAAACACACAUUAUCCCAUCUCGACCCAAGGGGGAUCCUGUGGACCGGAUUGGGGCCGGAGCAGUAUAG